CGUCACUAUUCAAUUGUAAUUUAAAGCCUCGUUGGCGAGCAUGGACGUGAUCUGUUGUUCCUAUAUUUGAAUACUAGUGAAAUUUACUUUAAAAAAAAAUAGUUAAACAAAUUUUAGCAAAAUGCCGAAAACUAUUUUUGCCCAAGACGGCUUUUGUCUCAAGGAUAUCUUAUCAGAUGAUGGUGUUUUUUUUGAAAUGAAUGGAGAAUUUUUUGAUAAUGACGAACCAAAAUUUACAAAUGAUAUCAAUAUGUCACACGAUGAUUUGAUAAAAUUUUUAUAUAUGGAUGAAAUUGAUAAUAAUUUAACGAAUAAAAUUGUCUCACCAUUAGGAGUAAAUUUUAAUCAAUUAAGAGCAAACAUGACUGAUCUUCUUGGAAAUGGAAUGAUAUUGAAAUUGUUAAGAAAAAGGGGUGUAGGUGAAGAAAUGCAAGAAAAUGCGCUAAUAACGGCAAAAUAUAUUGGCUAUUUUGAAGAUCAAGAUGAGCCUUUUGAUGCAACUUACAAUCAUGAAGUAUCAAAUAAUUUACAAUUAGGAAAUGAUAUUUUAAUUCCAGGACUUGAAAUUGCUCUUCGUUCAAUGAAAAAACAUGAAAUAUCAAUUUUUAUCAUUAAACCCGAGUAUGCAUUUGGAAAAGCUGGUUGUCCACCACGUAUUCCUCCAAAUGAAGAUGUUUUAUUUUUAAUUAAUAUAAUUGAUUAUAAAACCGAUGAAUUUACCACUAGUUUUAAUAAAUUGUCAAUUGAAGAAAGAAAAGCAUUUUUCUUUGCUGAAAAAAGAGCAGAAGCUUUAAUAGAAAAGGCUUCGGAAUAUUUUAGAAAAGGAAAUUUCAAUAAGGCAAUAAAUGAAUAUACCAGUGCUGGAAAAAUUAUCGAAUCAGCACGUUUAGCGAAUGAUGAGGAAGAAAUAAGACAGAAAGAAUUAUUAACGAGAGUUUAUGGAAAUUUAGCAGUUUGCUUUAAUAAACAAAAUAAGCCUCGUUGUGCAUGUUCGGCAAUUAAUCAAAUUCCAAAUCCAAAUGCUAAAUCUCAUUUUAACCAUGGACGAGCGCUUAUUCGUUUGGGAGAAUUUGGUAGAGCUCUUAAGGAGUUAAAUAUUUCCGAGAAUAUGGAACCGGGUAAUAAAAUGAUUGCUGAAGAAAUAAAAUUAAUAAAACAAUUGGAGUCCAAGUAUAAUUUAUUGACCAAAAAUUUAACAGAAAAUAGUUAUUUAAUCACCGCUGAAGGUGAUGUACGAUUAGAGUUCAUAAACGUUGCUAAAAAACUAUGCCAAACAUUACAAAAUGAUAAUAAUGUUUUGAGAAUAAUUUUGCCUAGUAGUUUAACAAAUGAUGAGAAAUCCUUUAUUACAGAAUUGACAGCAAACUAUAAACUAAUAGUGGUUAGCCAUAUUAGAUAUGAAAAAGAAAUUGUUUUCAUUGCCAAGCCGAAUUAUUAAUAACAAAAACGUAGAUUAACAUUUUUUUUUCUGGUUAUUAACUUGGUAAUGAAAAUACGAAUAAAAGAAAGGCAUUUACUGAGCAGUAUUUGCUCACAAAACUAAACAAAUUCUAAGUGUACGAGUAAACUUGUUCUUAUUCUAAACAAGUUGUCUUAGUCACCUGAUUUGUGAGUCGGUUUUUAAAAAAUUGCUAGUUUUCAGCGUCUAUUUUUCUAUGCAGAGGUUUUUACAUUUAGCGCUCUGUUUAUAUUUAGCAAGCUUGAAAAUUUUCAAUUUUUCUAAUUGCAAUUGCGAUUGCAAUUAAUUGCUCUUCUUAAUUUUCAUUUGAAGAGUCAUUUGUCGAGAUUUACGAACUAUAAAAAAAAAAAUUAGCGGUUCGUAAUAAAGUUGUGAGAUCACAACUACGAUAAUUAUUAUUAUUUUCGGAUAAAUCCGAUCAUUACUAAUGAAUUACUUAAAUAUUUUGUUAUAUUCCUCAGUCCCUUUUUAGAGGGCAGUAAUCAUUAUGUAAAUCAUAAAAAUUUUAUACAAAUUUUUUAUGGAUUGAUUUUCUUUUAAGAGUACAAAUUGUACUCUUGUUUCAUUGUAUUUCAAAUAAAUUGGAAUUUAAUUGAA